AUGAGUCGGGCACUCCUCCGCUCCGUCCUGGAGCUCCGGGCCCCUUCACAGCGUCUCUUCGCCUCGCCCGUCUCCUCAAUCGCUUCGCCCGUCGCCCCAAUCGCCUCGCGCGCCCUCAGCACCAUCCCACAACCCCCAGCCGCGAAGCACCCCAAGAACGCCGCCAACCCGUCCGAGAACCAGGCCCGCCCCAUCGCCCUGAAGAAGAGCCAUCCCUCUUCCCCCCCCACGCCCAUCGAGGACUCUGUCCGUAACCUACUCCCCUUCCUCGCCGCGCAGCCCGGCCACUAUAUCACCGUGCACGUGCACGGCUUCCCCUACCUCGUGCGGGAGGGCGACCAGGUGCGGCUGCCGUUCCGCAUGCCCGGCGUGCAGCCCGGCGACGUGCUGCGGCUGAACCGCGCCAGCGUGCUCGGCAGCCGCGACUACACGAUGAAGGGCGCGCCGCACAUUGACGAGAGCGUCUUUGAGUGCCGCGCGACGGUGCUGGGCACCGAGUCGGAGCCGCUGCGCAUCAAGAUCAAGAAGAAGAGGAGGACGCGUCGCACGCGCACCGCCACGAGCAAGCACCGGUAUACGAUUCUCAGGAUAUCAGAGCUGACCAUCAACACUCCGGAGGACAUUGAAGGCCAAUGA